CACGUGACACAACAGCGCCAUUUUGAAAUUUCGGAGCAGGCCUUUUUCUGAGGGAGAGUGGACGUUGGUGCUCUUGUGAUCGUCUGUGGAGAAUUUCCUUCUCGUCCCAGCUCAGAGAGGAGGGAAAAGGAAAGAUGAGCAUAAGCAGCACAGCAGACGCUGUGGGCAGGAUGAGAUUGGAUGACGGUGGUGCCAAGUCGUCAGGUCUGGGCAUGCCAGACGCCUCAUCCAAGGCUCUGUUCAACAAGCUGAUCAUGCGAGCCAAGCAGGAGCAGGAGAAGGGAAACCUUCAGAAAGCCCUGCAGAAGUACAGGGAGGCACAGAAACUCUACCCUACAGACAAAGUACUCAAGAAGAUCAAGAAGAUAGAGGCUUAUCUGUUGCUUAGUGACGAAGAGGAGGAGGAAGAAGAGGUGGAUGAUGGCACAGUGUGUGUCAGCGACGGGUUCAACCUCCCAAAGGAUGUCUAUGACAAGUUGUAUCCGUACCAACAAGAAGCAGUAAAGUGGUUUUACUCAUUGUUCAUGAAGAGAAAGGGAGGGAUCCUAGGAGAUGACAUGGGGCUGGGUAAGACCGUACAGGUGACAGCCUUCCUGUAUGGGAUGUUCCUGAUGGAUCGCAUCAAAAAUGUGCUGAUUAUCCUGCCAGUGGCACUCAUCACUAACUGGGAGAGAGAACUGGAGAAAUGGGCUUCGGGUGAAAUCCGUGUGAAGCAGUUCCAUGGGUCUAACGCGCGGGAACGUACCAGGAACCUGGAGCGCGUACAGAGGAGAGGUGGGGUCGUUCUGACCAGCUAUGGCAUGGUCUCCAACAACUGGGAGCAGCUCGCCAAGAUUGACUACAAAGAAUUUGUCUGGGACUAUGUCAUUCUGGAUGAAGGGCACAAGAUAAAGAACCCCACUAAGACAACGAAGGCUUGCCACGCAAUCCCAGCCAGGAACAGGUUCAUCCUGACAGGGACACCCAUCCAGAACAACCUCAGGGAGAUGUGGGCUCUGUUUGACUUUGUGUCUCAAGGCACCCUCCUGGGAACUGCUAAGACCUUCAAGAUGGAGUACGAGAACCCCAUCACAAGGGCCAGGGAGAAGGAUGCUACAGCAGGUGAGAUCCACCUGGGAAACCGCAUGUCGGAGAGCCUGAGACAACUCAUCGCACCCUACUUCCUUAGGAGAACCAAAGCAGAGGUGAUGCCCAAGGACAAGGAGAACACAGAUCCUAACCAAGACGCUGGAGAAGCCCAGGAACAAGCCUCGGGGAACACGUUCCCAUCCCUGGAGAGGAAGAAUGACCUGAUUCUGUGGGUUAUCUUGUCCAAAGCCCAGCAGCAGAUCUACAAGGACUUCCUCAGUCUGGACAGGGUUAAAGAGAUGCUGAUGACGACCAGGUCCCCCCUGGCAGAGCUGAACGUGCUGAAGAAGAUCUGUGACCAUCCCCGGCUCCUGUCCACCCUGGCAUGUGCACAGCUCGGACUGGACGGAGAAGAUGGCUUGGACCCAGAAGAUGAGGACAACAUGGCCCACGAGGUGGCAGCCAACAGUAUCGAGAACAUCUCCAGUGACCAGCUGAUGGCAGAGUCUGGGAAGACGUGCGUCUUAGUCGAGCUGUUAGAACGUCUCAAGGAGGAGGGCCACCAGACACUGGUCUUCUCACAGUCAAGGAAGAUGCUGGACAUCAUCCAGAAGAUCUUGAAGAGUCGGGGCUUCAAGGUGAUGAGAAUCGACGGCACUAUCACCAAGUUGGAGGAUCGAGACAAACGGAUCCGCAGGUUUCAGAGUGACCCAUCCUGGAGUGUCUUCCUGCUCACCACACAGGUUGGUGGAGUUGGGCUCAACUUGACAGCAGCAGACAGAGUAAUCAUAUAUGACCCCAGCUGGAACCCAGCCACAGAUGCCCAGGCAGUAGACAGGGCGUACCGUAUUGGUCAGCAGAAGUCGGUGGUGAUCUAUCGGUUCAUCACCUGUGGGUCUGUGGAGGAGAAGAUCUACCGCAGACAGGUGUUCAAGGAGUCAGUCACCAGGCAGACCACAGGAGCCUGCAAGGACCCCUUCAGGUACUUCUCCAGGCAGGACCUUCGGGAACUGUUUGUGAUGGAUAACCCGGAACACUCCACCACGCAGGAGCAGCUGGCACAGAUGCACUCCCAGAACAGGAAGUCAGACACAGCCCUGGACGAGCACAUUGCCUACCUGCACUCCCUGGGUAUAUUUGGAAUCAGCGAUCAUGACCUGUUAUACAGCAAGCAGGCUGAUCAUGAGGAGCUGCCAGCAGGACAGGAGUACAUUCAACAGAGGGUGCACAAGGCCCGCGAGCUGGUCAUGGCAGAGUCCCAGCUUCACCACCAGAUGAACGAGCUACGACAGACGACAACAGAGGCCAGCUUCCUGCGCCGCCACGGAGGGAAGCAGCCGGGUCCGGAGCCUGGCCCCUCCGGGUCACAGGACGGUUUCCCUGACAACCUGCCCGAACUGUUCCACCCCAGUCAGGACCACAACCCUCGCAACAUGCUCAACAAACCUAAGGUUCGGACAGUAAGCAGUGAUGACUACACAGACAGUCCUGUGCAUCCCAAGUCUCACCCAGAUGAGCUCCCAGGACGCUUCAUCGACCUGAGCCAGGAAACUGAAGAGGAGCAGGCACAACAGCUGGAGAAGAGUUUUGCUAAGAUCAGCAUCAGCAGCCAGGAGAGGGAGGAGGAAGAGCAGGAACAGAUUAACAGCUCUGCAGAGGCUGACCAAGAAGAUCAUAACGAUGACCAAGAAGAUCAUGAUGAUGACCAAGAAGAUGAUCAUGAUGAUGAAGAUGAGCAACUCCAGCUGGCCCUGGCCAUGUCAUUGCAGGAAAACCCUAAGAAGACAUUGACAAGAGAACCUCUCACCGAUAUGCUCAACAUUAGCAGGAAGAAAUAUGAGGGAGACAUUUCAAAGCAGAGCAGCCUGUAUAUGGAGGACAAUUCCAUUGUUUCUGUGGAUGAUGACCGUGCCACGCCCGGGCUGAACAACGCUCUGUUCACCAGCAGCGACAGUCUGCAGUUUGUGGCAGACAGCGGAGACGAGGACACGUCACGGGGACAGCCCAGCUCACGGUCUUCCUCUCGACCAUUCUCCCGCGGAGAUGUGUUCGUCAUUGAGGACUCUGAGCCAGAGGAGGCUGGUAGCGACGAUGAUGUGCCUGUAGUUUCUGCAGCAGGUUUUGCUCAGGACGCAAUCAUCGAUGUGAGCGAGGAAGAAGAAGAAAUCGUCGACGAUUUUGAAUCGGAGUCGUUUCGUGACAGAAACACAGUAGAAAGGAAAGAAGAGAUGACUGCAGCAGUUCCUCAUAUUGAUAGCAGAGAGGGGGGGACAGAAGAUGAAGAUGACACCAAACGCUAUCAAGAUGAUGUAGACAUCAGCGAUGACAGUGCAGAGGAGUCUGAAGUAACUGACAACAGCAGACAGUCUGACAGAAAGAGCUUCCCUUCUGUGCCUGGGGGGCACGACAGAUUGUCGCUGGACAACAGUCUCAUCAAGAAUGCCCGGCGGCGGCCCAGGCCACGCGUGAUCGACUCAGAUUCCGAAGACGAUGGUGACGGAAGCAGAGACGAAAGCAGAUCAGAACAUCAUCGUAGUCUUGACCAGACUGAUAGCCCACCAGCUGACAACAGAGAGUCUUUUGAGGAGGGCAAGCUAAACAACUCUUCUGUAGUCGGCAGUGAAGAGGAGGAGAAAGAUGAGCAAGAAGAGGAAGUAGCUGAAGAUGACAAUCACAUCGAGGAGGAUGACAAUUCUGACCCUGGAGAUGUAAGUGAGGAGGAGGAAGAUGAGCAAGAAAAGGAGGUAGCCGAAGAGGACAGUCACUUCGAUGAUGAACAUUCUGACCCUGGAGAAGCUGUGACUGAUGAUGAUGAUGAUGAUGAGGCUUCAAAAAGUGACCAGGAAGGCAGUUUGGACGAAGAACAAGAGGAGGAUGAGGUUGAGAGUGAAAUGGAAGAAGAGUACUACUCUCCAGAAGAAGACAGUCUACAUGAUAAAGACGCUUCCCAUCCAGACUUGAAGUUGAUGUACAGGGAGCUGGUGAAGGAGGGAAGGAAGCUGGAGGCAGAAGGAGAUCUGAACUCUGCCCUGAACCACUACCUUCAGGCCCUGGACAUGGACGGGUCAGACCUCGCACUGCAGACAUCUGCCCUCAAACUGACUCAGAAAAUACACACAGCAUGAAAGGGAGCCUGUAACUAGAUGCAACAGUGUACAACUUUUCAGCUAAUUUACGUAUGUCCAAAGCAAUGAGAUACUAGUAAUACAUUUUGUAAUAUCUCUUUGUUGCCAAUGAUGACAUUCAAUGUGUUAAAUCUCAGGAAGAAGAAAAGUGUCUGAUGUCAUCAUCAGAUCAUGUGCAAACCAUUUCUUCCCUGACUUUGUGUGUACUGAAAGAAGUAGGUACUUGCCAAGGCCACCAAACUUAAGAGGAACUGUUUUUUUUUGAGAAUGGAUCAUUCUUUAUUUCAACUUUGCAUGUUCCAAAAAAAUCUUACUUAGUGUUGUGCUGUAUGUGCAUGUUUCUAUUGUAUUUCUCAUGUAUGUAUGUCGAAAGUUUUCAUUUUGUUAACUCUUUCUUGUACUAACUGUGUUACUUCUUGUAGAUGUAGAUUUGCAUGGUAUAUUUUCCAGAUAACGUGUUUAUUUCAUUGUCAUAACUGUCCCAAGUAUUGAAUCUGCUUUCUAGCCACUUGCUAUAACUUCAACUUUACAAAUACAUGACAUUGUAUAUCUAUCUGAAGCUCUUUCAAUUAUGUAGCAAAUUAGGUUUCAAAACUGACAAAAUAUUUAUCUUCUACAGUGUAUUUUAUCUUUAAAGAAAGUAUUGAUCAAUGGCUACAUUGUAAAUCAUUCUAUCCAACAUUAUGUCUGUAAUACACAGAGAGGUAGGACUCUGUAUGUGGAAAGAGACUGAAAAUAUCAUUGCAUUUUAAACUACACUUUUGUACUUACAGAACGAAUAAAGGCAUAGUUACAAUGUA